AUGCGAUACCGAGAGUACCUGGAUGCGUAUAGCAGCCCCGAUGAAAACGCCAAAUCACCAUUCUACGCCGAGGACUGCCAGUUCCAAUUCGACGACUUAAAGUUAUCUGGAAGAGAUCCAAUCAUGGCAAUGUUCGCCAAAGGUCACGUUGGCGUCAAAGAAGAGUUGCGACCUAUUCAUGUGCUGGAGACCGAUAAACAAAUCUUGGCUGAGCUGGACGCGUGCUUCAUGCCCUUCGAAGACACACCUGGUAACUUGAUUCACCCUUUCAGAAAGUAUCAGCCGAUUUCAUUUCGAUUCUUCGCUUCAUACGAGAUCCGCGACAACCAAAUACAGUCGUUCCGACUGGCGCACUGGCCUCAGCCGACGGUUAUCGAGCCGUUCUGA